AUGAGUGAAAAGGAACCACCUCCUUAUACGCCCUUCUCGAGUGAACCACCUCAUGAAAAUGCCGAACAGCGAACUAAGUGCUGUACUGUUUGCAAUGGCUGUGGAUGUAGUAAAACAAUUCCCUCCAAAAUUCCAAUCACUGUUCUCACCGCUCUAUGGGGCUUUCUAACCAACGUUGAAAGGGCUAUCAUUCUACCCACGAUGUGGCUUUAUUUUACCACUUAUUGGAAUGCCGAUGCGGCCAGGAAAUGGUACGGUUGGACUAUGGCUUCUUUCAAUCUCUCUGUGCUUAUUUUCACACCGAUCUUUGGUUAUGCUGCACAUAAUGGAAUUCGAACAAAGUAUCUACUCAUAUUUUCUAAUUUAAUUGAAGUUCUUGGUAACCUUGCCUACCUUGUGGCCCAACAACCGUGGGUUGUACUCGCUGGUCGAUUUAUCUCUGGUAUUGGUGGAAGUUGUGAUACUCCAAUGUACGCAGAUAUGGCACGAACUACUUCGGUUAAGGAGCGUACCCCCUACAUGACGGUGACUUACGUUGCUAAGCAGAUUGGAAUUGUAUUCGGACCGGUGUGCACUCUAUUAAUGCAUAAGCUCAAGUGGACAGUAGGUGACUUCAGUCUAAGUGUUUAUAAUGGACCUGGGCUGCUAAUGGCCGGCCUUUGGGUAAUGCAUACACUUUUGGUUAUUUUUUUCUACCCAUCUGUCGAGAAAUCUCAAAAGACAGGUUUCUAUCAUGGUACAAGUUCCAGCAUAAACCCUGAAAAGGAGAAGUUGAUGGAACCCGGCGAAAAAAAGAGUGGUUGUUGUCCUUGUGAGGAACUGAAGCCUUACACAAUUUAUCCGGUUGUCUCCAUGUAUAUUAUGAUAUUUGCAACCUACUUCUGUGUUAUGAGUCUGGAAACUGUCUUAUCCCCAGUGGCGUCAACUUACUUCCAUUGGGAUGAAGUAAAUGUGAGCUAUGUAUACCUAGGGGCCAGUGGAUUGCUUAUUAUCAUGUGUAUUAUUCUUCACUGUCUCUCGCAACACAUUGAGGACAGAAUUCUUGCCUUAGUCGGAUUCGUUUUACUGGUUUGUGCCUACCUCUGGCUUAUCUUCACUACUGCGUACAUAAGACAAGUUUCUGAAGAGCUGGGAAUCAUACUGAUUAUUCUUGGUAUCGCAUUUCAUGUCAUUGGCAUGCCACUGGCACUGGCUGUUACGGAGUCCCUCUACACUAAAAUGGUACCCGCAAAUGACCUUGACCGAUCCCUCUCCUAUCUUCGAUGUGUUAGCAAUUUGGCUUUCCUUCUGGGACCACUGGAGGGUGGAAUAUUUGUGGAAUAUGCCUACUUGGUGUUCCUAGGAAAUUUCCUAAUCUGUUCCCUUGGAUUAGCUCUUUUGGCGGCCAGGUUCAAGCUAUUUCGCCCAAUAAGUGGAUAUGACGCUAUUGAUAAAUGA